UCUGCCCAUGACUGUUUGAAGUAGAGCACUACUCUGGCCUUGUCCAUGCCAAACCGUUAAUAUCAAGUGGGCAGCCGUCUUGCUCGACCGUGAUUGUAUCGUAGAACAAGGAUUCUCAGUAUGGAGUGGCCAUGUACCAUUCAGCGAAUUAUUUUCGCAGUGCUCCUCGGUCUCGGUCUUUGCAAUUCGGUGUUUGGACUACAAUAUUCAGGCCCUAUUGCAGGCGCAUGGGUGCAAUGUAAUGACACUCGGACUGGGGCAGGCGUCGUGCAGUUUGCCCUGUUCACUAACAAGAGCCAGACGCAAGAGAGCGCAGACACCACCUGUAGAUAUCUGGGAGGUCGCCUGGCCACACUAGACACAGUGAAGCGAAUCACGUGUGCAAAUAUGGCUAUCGAGCGGGAGUAUGACCGGCAGUGCUCGGACCGAUCGCUGACCAUCUGCGAUGACAGCUGUUGGAGCAGGCUAGACGAGGCAUGCAAGCCACGCGUAUGUGCUUGCGGAAGGGUUUUUGUCGGACUGGUUCUGACCAGACAUGGAACGUGGACUUGGCUUGGAUCCAGCGCAUUGGACAACACGAUACAAUGGAUGCCUAAUCAGCCGAACACAGGCUCAGAACAUUGUGGAUUUUACUUGCCGGGAAGAGGCAUGGCAGCUGUAGACUGUAGUGCACGCGAUGUUCACCACUUCAUAUGCGAGAGACCGAUCCGCGCAAGAGAUGACCCUGUUCGGGAAACCCCCAAACAAGAAGAGUACUCCUUGGAUCUGCCGCUACCUAUACAAGACACGGAGGCCCCAAAGAACUCGCCUGUCGGUCAGGUUACAAGAGCAGCUGACGGAUCGCCGACACAGUUAGCUAUCACAACACAGCACACCGUCUACACGACGAGCGCAGAAAAUACAAGUCCGCAACGUCGUGCUGACCCAGUUCGGGAAACGCCAAAGCAAGAAGAGUUGUCGUUGGAUCUGCCGCUUCCUAUACAAGACACAGAGGCCCCAAAGAACUCGCCCGUCGGUCAGGUUACAAGAGCAGCUGAUGGAUCGCCGACACAGUUAGCUAUCACAACAAAGCACACCGUCUACACGACGAGCGCAGAAAAUACAAAUCCUCAACGUCGUGCUGACCCAGUUCGGGAAACACAAAAGCAAGAAGAGUUCUCAUUGGAUCUGCCGCUACCUAUACAAGACACGGAAGCCCCAAAGAACUCGCCUGUCCGUCAGGUUACAAGAGCAGCUGACGGAUCGCCGACACAGUUAGCUAUCACAACACAGCACACCGUCUACACGACGAGCGCAGAAAAUACAAAUCCGCAACGUCGUGGCGACCCUGUUCGAGAAACACCAAAACAAGAAGAGUUCGUGUUGGAUGUUGCGCUCCCCACGCAGGGUUUAGAAGCGCCGACGCUCUUGCCUGUUGCCCUGACUGCAAGGGCGGCAGAUGCAAAUCCCACGGUCUACACGAUGAGCCCAAAUACUACAAAUCCACAAGAUCGUGCUGACCCUGUUCGGGAAACACCAAAACACGACGAAUUCGUGUUGGACUUGACGCUACCUACCCAGGAUGGGGAAACACCUACGCUCUUGCCUGUUGUCAAGACUGCAAGGGUGCAAGACGCAUUGGCCACUGAUUCAGCCGUUACAUCAGACUCAACAGCCAACACGAUCAGCGGAGAAGAGACCCAACCGCAUGCUCGCGAUGACCCUGUUCGGGAAACUCCAAAACAAGAAGAGUUCGUGCUAGCUUUGACAAUUCCUACGCAAGACACAGCGAAGCCAACGAUCUUGCCUGUUGGACAGACUACAAAGGCAGCAGACGCACUGAGGACGCAGCCAGUUGCCACCUCAAAGGCCGUCGUGUACGCCACCAGCGCAAGAAGUGCCAAUCCUCAAGACCGAGAUGACCCUGUUCGUCAGACACAACAUUGGGAAGAGAUUGUGUCCAACCUGGCGUUCAUUACAGGUGAGCUGGUCACUUCAACAAGCUCCCAGGUUGGCCAGACUACAAAAGACGCAGAGCCAUCGACGACAGAGUUUGUAGUCACACCAGAGCCCACCGUCUCCGCGACCACGCCAGGAAACUCAAAUUCUCAAGCUUAUGAUGAACACGGACGUCAAACACAGCAACAGCAAAAAGAAGAUCCAAUAAUUGAUAUGGAGCCCACUACUCUAAAAUCAGUGCCAUCAACAAGCCAGGAUGCUGCACGGACUACAGCAGCUGUCGACAUAUUUACGGUGCAGUCAGAGUCCGCAGUCGAGCCCACAAUUAGUGCGAGGACCCCUGAGAGUUCUCAUCAGGAAAUUCCUAGUGCAACAUCAGAGACAUUCACCUAUACCCGUGCAACACUGUCUCAAGAACGUGCAACAGAUCAAGCCGCCACAUCAGCACCUGGUUUACCUACUGCAGACCAGGGCCAGAUGGCAGAAGCAGUUUCCAGUGCUGGCGAGAGUGAUCGCAAGUCAAGUACUUCUAGGAAGGCGAUAUCCCAAAUCACUGUACCCAUGACAGACAAAAGAAGCCGCAUUGGAGCCAAUAGCCAAGAAAUGCUGCCUUCAGUGACAACGUUACUAAAGGAAGAACUCGUGACGCAGACCUCAGUUACGUCUGACUCGAUUAUAUCCAGCCGCCCGUUUAUCAGUGAGCAUAUCAAUUCGCAAAAUCGUGAUCGGCCUACAGAAACCACAAGUAAGACCAUGGAUUCGGUGCAUACUAGUAGCUCUCAUUUAGUGUAUUCUGCCACUGCUCGGGAGUCUCCAACCGAGGACAUAUUUGAUGUCAAAAUGGACUCUCACCCAUCUACGAGUAAGGUGUUUACGGUCAGGGUACAAAUCGGCUCCACACCUGCAUCUACAGUUAGCUACACAGAUCGUCCACUGACGCCGAGCAAGGAAAUGGAUCCAGGCACCAUGAGUGAUCGCAGCACUGCUACAGAAGCGGAAGAACUGGCGACACAACCACCGGAUGUAACCGAUGCAGCGGUGGCAAGCCAUUCAAGCGUUCCUGAGGAUUUCAAGCAAUCAACGCAUGGGGAAAGUGCAGAACCAAGUGGCAAGAUCUCUAACGCAAUGCAUACGAUCACUUCUUCCCAUUCAGUUCCUACAACAGCUAGAAGAUCUUCCCUUGAAGACCUUCCCGACCCAAUAUCAGCUACAGAUAGAGGUGCAUUUAUAGCAACAACUUCCAGUGCUCCGUUGGCGGAAACAGAAGCAGGGGUGGUUUCCCUGGAGCCCUCACCGGAAUCAUCUAUACCCCGCAGUGCAACUAUCAAGACAACAUUCAUCCACAGUAGUGCAACUACUAUCAACACCACUCCAGAAAGUCGCGUUACAGCAGCUGUCAUGUCUAAGAAGACGCCUGACAUAUUUCCUACAACUCAUUCAGAGGCACCACCGUUUGAUGAGCGUACAGACCCAAAAAGCACAAAUCCCAAUUUCACUUCCAGGGGUCAUAUGACUGCGACCGAAUCAUCUGAAACCCGCCAUGCGACUUCAAAAGGCUCAGAAGGCUUUUCACCGUCAAAUAACUCACGUGACGCCAAAUUGUACAUCACAGGUGUGCCUCGUGCAAGAAUGACGUCACUCACCCAAUCCGAUUCGGACCAGGAAAAAGCAGGGACUGAUCCAGCAGUGACAUUUGAAUCCACGAUCGUCAGCAGCACGAUUGACACUAAGCCAGCUCCCAACGCGCAUGAUGCUGAAGAGACAACAGAGUCCAUUACGACAACAAAACCAACUCUACCCAGCAGCAAUUCAUUCCUGUCUCAUGAUACUAGUCGUGGUUCCAGCAGCAAUCCUCAAUCCCUGUCGAGUACGAAAUCCUUAUCCAACAAGCCAAUGAUUAGCUCUGCAUCCGUAUCAACAUUAGCAGCCACAGAUCAUCCAGUACCGUCUACGAAAGAGUCAGCCUCCACGACCAUGCCGGUUCACCACACAGCUACAUCAGUUGAAGGUUUGGUAACGGAAUUCCCCAUUGAGUCUAUCUCCAAAACACAGAUUUUCGAUGAAAACUCCAAUUCACAAGUUCACGGUGGACCAACAGUUCCAGAAAUGCGCGAGGGGAUGAAAUAUAACGUUACCUCACCCGUAAUUUCGCACAACACUGUUUCACGCACCGAGACUAUCACCGGUAACACCGACCCGGCCAGUAGUGAAGGGAGAAGGGAGACAGUGGUGACCACAAAGGAGCCAUUUUCUACCAGUGGCACACGUGCUCGGACUUCUUCCGCUACUCCACAAACUCCAUUAGCCUCUGACAUAACUCGGGACACCAGUGGUUCCACUGGCACUGGCAUACAAUAUCCACCACCACGGCGUGCAGACCAGAACACUACCAGCAUAAUGAUUCAUGGAAAUAUAUCUACGUUCACAUCAAAAACUCCUCCAGCGACCUCUACCAAAAAUCUUGUUCCUACGCAGCGCACUGGCCCAAGAGAUGACGAAAUGACAAAGGAAUACCCGCAUACAUCUGUGUCCAGCAACCAAACUUUGAAAGAGAACUCUAAUCCAGCACCUGGAAGCAUAACUACGGAUCCAAUCAUUCUCGAAGGUAACAUAAUGACAACACCAAUACAUUCGGAGACCGCCACUUCUCGUAGCCAAUCUCUUCCAGAGGCCACCAAUGAAAGAACGGCAGAGUCAGCUGUGGAACCAACAGAGGCAAUAACAGCCACCCAGACUCCGUUUGAGGAACCUGACGGCAAUGAUAAUGAUGAACGUACAAGUAUUUCCACAGAUUCCAGGAGCCAUUCUAGCUCGUCUCUCAGUACGACACCCAUGCACUCUGGUAAUCAAGAUGAUCAAACUGCAGAUCUGGGGAUGGCUGACGUGGGUCCAAAAACGACAACAGUGCCAGCAACCUUCCCAUCUGGAACUUCUAGCAGUGGAACAAGUCAGAGCACAACUGCACAGAAUCUACUCAAAGUGGCUGGCACGGAAAACCCAACCCGCACUCCCUUUCCGUCUUUUGUGAUCACUCCCGGGUCUUCAACUGCCAAAUACUCACCAGAAUAUACCAUUACUUCUACCGGUGCUAAUAGAAACUCUCAAUCGACAAUGGAUCCUGAAUCUACACCGAGCGCAUCAAUCCGUCGCAGGCUACCACCUGAUCACUCAAACUCAGAUCCUGCAACGGACACAAAUGGCAAUGGGGCUCAUGCGUCGAGUGCUGCUCCGUACUCCACUACAGACAUGACAGAAAUGGCAAUGGGAGGAUCAGAAGCAUUAGAUUCAACUUUUACCAACAGUCCAAUCGAAACUGUGCGCGUAGAGAUACAAAGUCGCGAUGCGGCCACAAAUCCAGACAGCGAAAUACCUGGCGUGUUCCAAAACACUACAAAUCACUCUUCUGGUUUGGCUAAUCUUUCUUCUUAUAGCGAAGCUGAAGACCCAAUUUCACCCUCUGAUAGAGGAUCAAUACAGCCGUCAUCAACAAUAGGCCCGAUGGUCACCAGCCAAACUGGGACCUCUGCUUCAUCUACAUUCGUCCGUGCUGAUGAAAUAAAUGUAAGGAGCAGGAGCACUGGCGCUCAUCACCAAGCUUCAGAGGACGGGCAAAUGUCUACGGACAGGGAAGGCACCGCGAUGAAGCAGUCGUCCUACAGUUCAAACACCACGACGAGUAGAAUCGCACAAAUAACGACCACGUCGAUGUCCGAGAAUUCUCCUUCAUCUACAACCGUCAGUGCUGAUGAAAUGAGUGUAAAGAGCCAAAGCACAGCUGGUCAUGACCAAGCUUCAGACGAAGAAAAGUUGUCUGCAGGCAGGGAAGGCGCCACAAUGAAGCAGUCAUCAACCAGUUCGUAUGCCACAACCAGUGAAAUCGCACACAUAACCACCAAGUCGAUGUCCGAGAAUUCUCCUUUAUCUACAUCCGCCAGUGCUGAUGAAAUGAGUGUAGAAAACCAGAUCACUGGCAUUCAUGACCAAGCGUCAGACGAUGUUCAAAGGUCUGCAGACAGGGAAGGCACCGCAACAAUACAGCUGUCCCACAUUACGUACACCGCGACGAGUAGAAUGGCACACAUGAGCACAACAACAAUGUCGUCCCUGGCGGACAAUGUAGCUCUAACGGACCCCACAACCAGUGACCAAAUUGACGCAGAAGAUCCAAUAGAGCCCAGGACCCUGACUUACAGCGAGUUGAUACCAUCCCAGGGCACCAACGACAUUCUCAGCUCACCCGAAGAAUAUGCCACGUACAAUAAUCAAUCUUACUCUACACUUGCAACUGAUGAACAGCGGAAUGACAACUCCACCAGCACAGCACCGUCCGAAGAGGAAAGUAGCGAAUCUCAGCAUGCAGUCGUCCGCUUUCUGGUGAGCCACAAGCUGCCAUUAAUUAUCGGUGGAUCUUCAGUGGGUGCUGCUUUGCUGCUUAUUGUCGGGCUAGUUCUAGUCAUUCGCCGCAGGAGGAGAAUAAAGAAACUCGACUUCCUGAACAAGUCGUUCAGCACUCCUGCAACCGAUGCAGAGGCCGAGAAUCGGUUAGGCAGGGACCAUCAGACCGCAGAGAAUAACGCAAAGGGCAGUAUGAUGAGUAUCUACGAAUCUGGGAUUGAGCUGCAAUCAGCCGAAGGAACAGUCGUCGACUUUCCGGUGGUUCCAGAUGAAAAUCCAUACAUGUGUUUACGCUUCGAGACCACCAGUUUUUCGUGCAAAGACCCGCUGGCAGUACCAAGUGAAGAUGACUACAACCACCUGGCUGGCCUGGGUCUUGUCAUUGCAAGACCUGACUUGAAGGAUGCUAAAGAUACCAAGUGUUCGAUGUCAUCAGAGUGCUAACAGAUGUGGUGAUGCUGCUGACCUCAAGGAACGGGCUUGAAACAUACGGACACUUCUAUCUGAAAUUGGAUGAAAUGAUACAUUUAUGUUCAUAUACAUUGGUUGUGUUUGCUUCGGUUGAUCAUACUUACGCCACAUGAACCCUCGCCAAUGAAUGUACGUCACCUUUGCACUUUGAUGCGAUACUAUUUUUCUUUCAAGUUCAUUUUUUCUCUUUCUAUUCUUCUGAGUUUGCAUCAGUCUCAAUCAUGGCAUUACACAGAAUCUCCUUUCCUUUACCAAAGUUAUCGUCCACUAACAAUUUUAGAAAACCAACCUCAGUCUUCACAUUUUUCUAUCGCCAAUUCGCUUGGUUUGGUUUCACAAUAGUUGUCAAUCCAUUUGUAACGAACAGCUUUCGUGGAGAUAAGAAGCAAAUUUACACCAUGAUCCUUCUACCCAGACCUGCUCUUUAAAUUGCCAUUAGUUGUAUUGAAGUAAGUUCUUUAAAUCAUUUGCGUUCCUAAGGGAGGUACCUGAAGGUUUUGUAGAUUGUACGUUUUUCGCGUCUAUGUAACAGCAAAACUUUGUCCAGUAGUAUUUGAAGUAUGUUUUAACCAUUUUCUGUGCACUUGAAUCUUUACUGGGGAUAUCCGUGCAGGACAUUUUCAAUAUGUAUGAAUUGCUUACUGUGAGUGGCGUUUUACAUCAGACUUUUCCUGUCCCACGUCAUCAACCUACUGUCAUUCUACACUUUCAAAUGCUGUAAUACCUUGUAAGGAUAGCUUCAGUUUUCGUUCCAUUUGUGUUCCUGGCCUGUAUGGCACGUAUUAUUACGUUCCAUUUGUUUUUCAUCUACCAGAGUACCUCGUAUACUCACUCCUUUCCGUGAAAUGUCAAUCUUGAACUACA